CGGAGUACAGCUGAAAGAGCGCCUCUCUACCCACGUGGUUAGAUGGCGGAGACUCCGCACGCUCUUUUGUUCCAAAUCAAUCAAAAACCGGAGGAAGACGGACAGACAUGAGCGGACCUGCUAAUUCAGGAAAUUCAUAGUUCACCAGACAGUGUUGUAAAUAAGCAAGUCUAAGAGCAAACCGUCGCGAGUUUAAGUAGCAUUUACAUUCCUUAAGUCAAAAAUAUCCACAUUUGAGACGCGAGGAAAAAGUUUUGAGCCGCAGAUUCUUUUUAGUUACUAUGCCACGCAAGAAGGUGACUGAUGUUUCUGGAAAUGGUGGACUGAAGAGAAAGAGAGCCAGCGGCAAAAAGAAAGACCGGGAAUUCAGCAGCGACGACGAGUUUGAAGAUUAUGAGCAGGAAAACACAAAGAAACCCGGCAAGCAAGCCACUAAAUCCGGCCUCCAGCCAGUCACCGUGUCGGACGACGUGAAGGAGAAGAUUAAACUUGAGGUCCCCAAGGUCAAAGGCCAGCUGCUUGUUUUUGGCGCUACUAACUGGGACCUGAUUGGCCGAAAAGAAGUGCCGAAGCUGCAAGCUGCAUACAGGAACCUGGGCCAGAAUCUGUGGGGUCCUCAUCGCUAUGGCUGUCUGAACGAUGUGAUGGUGAGCAGUGUGGUGUCGGGGCCUUGUGCUGCCCACAGCCUGCUCAUCACCACCGAAGGCAAACUCUGGAGCUGGGGCCGCAACGAUAAGGGCCAACUGGGCCACGGAGACACCAAGCGUCUGGACGCUCCAAAGCUGGUGGAGGGUUUGGGGGAGGAGGUGAUAGUGUCUGCUGCCUGUGGUCGAAACCACACCCUUGCUUUAACAGAAAAUGGUACAGUAUUCUCAUUUGGGGAGAACAAACUUGGGCAGCUUGGUCAGGGCAAUCAGACGGAUGCCGUCCUGAGCCCAGCUACAAUCUUGUACAAUGGACAGCCUAUAGUUAAAGUGGCUUGUGGUGCUGAGUUCAGUAUGGUGGUCGACUGUAAGGGCAAUAUUUACUCUUUUGGGUGUCCGGAGUAUGGCCAGCUAGGACAUAACUCGGAUGGGAAGUUCAUUGCUCGAGCCCAGCGUAUCGAGUUUGACUGUGAGCUUAUCCCUCGACGAGUGGCCAUUUUCAUCGAGAAGACUAAGGAUGGCCAGGUGAUGCCUGUACCUAACGUGGUGGUGCGGGAUGUUGUGUGUGGUGCCAAUCACACUCUGGUACUGGACUCGCAGAAGCGCGUUUUCUCCUGGGGUUUUGGUGGCUAUGGACGUCUGGGUCACACCGAACAGAAGGAUGAGAUGGUCCCUCGAUUGGUCAAGCUCUUCGAUUUCCCUGGUCGUGGAGCCACUCAGAUAUACUGCGGAUACCAGUGUUCCUUUGCCGUCAGUGAAAUGGGUGGUCUGUUUUUCUGGGGGGUGACAAACACCUCUCGUGAGUCCACCAUGUACCCGAAAGCUGUGCAGGACCUGUGUGGCUGGAAAAUCCGCAGUCUGGCCUGCGGGAAGAGCAGUAUCAUCAUUGCGGCUGAUGAGAGCACUAUAAGCUGGGGACCAUCGCCUACAUUUGGAGAAUUGGGAUAUGGAGACAACAAGCCCAAAUCAUCCACCACAGCUCAGGAGGUCAAAACUCUGGAUGGAGUGUAUUUGGAACAGGUGACAAUGGGCUACGCUCACUCGCUGGUUAUCGCCCGUCAGGAAACUGAUCAGGAGCAGGAGAAACUCAAGAAGCUGCCAGAGUACAAUCCGCGCACACUGUGAUUUCAUGCAGGUUUUUUCCAUCAUCAUCAUCAUGUUUCUGCAGAGAUUUCUGAUUUUCCACACAGAAUCUUUUUGCUCACUAGGUCACCGGUGUAGUCACACUUUGGUUGGGAUGCAAUUCUUCUUUUUCUUUCUUUUCUUUUUUUUUUUAUAUAUAUAAAUAAGGACUUCAGAUUACAACUUGCAAGAUGUGUAUUAAAAUCAAUUUGAACCUUAAGGCUUGUACUAAGUGAUUUCGUCUGAACUGGAAGUCCUUCACACUGACUUCAUGUACCUCCUUUAAUACUUAGUGUCUGGAGCUGAGAGGGAAGCCUCGUAUGGCUCACUCCAAGCACUUAACUCCAUUUGGAUCUCUUCUACUCCUCACUUGUACAUUCCUAAAGGAUGUUCCAAAUGUUCUUUUUUUUUUUGUAUUUUCUUAAUUUUCAUUAAGUUGGCUGGGAAGAACUGUUGUCUGCUCUCUCCAAACAAUUGGUGCUAAAUCAUUUUGAGGCAGGCUGUUUCAGCUGAUGAUGUGUUAGCUGGCAUCACUGAAAAGACCAACACUCCAUGCUUGUGCCUUUUUAAGUGAUCGAAUUCAGGCUGUGGAUGCUUUGUUGUCCCAAAGAUCUUCCGUCACUAUGUAAUCUGGGACCAUGGCAGUGUGUGUUUUGUUUGCAGUCACUUAAAUGUAAUGUUUUAUGUACUGUGCCAUUUUUUUCCUCCUUAUGUUCAUCUGUGCUUAAUUGUUGAUGUCAUUCCCUUCCCAUGUUUCUCAUUCUAGUAAACUACCUGUAUUUAAGUUGUCUGACUACAGACUCUGCAGGAGAAUUUCUUUGUGUAAUGCCCCGAAAUGUUUUUGUUCAUAAAGUGUAUGUCAAUUAGGAUGCCCAAAUGUUUUCAUAAUUUUAAAUAAAGGUCCAUGUUUAUGUUGGUAA